AUGGCUGCCAAGACUCAUGCGUCUUCUCAAAACACUGAUACCUUAUUUUUCCCUCUCCCUCUACUCUUUCUUUCUUCCUUUCUUUCAACCACUCUUUUUCAUACUCUCGCCUUUUCUCCUUUUAUUCACUUUUAUUUUUUCUUAAUAGCAUUUCUCUUAAUAUUAUCACAGUCUACCUGUCUUUUCUCCUUUCUCACUUCCUCUUCCUUUCUUAGUAUUUUUCAUUUUAAUUUUCUUCAUAUUAUCAUAAUCUCUCUUUCUCUUUCUCUCUAUCUCGUUUUCUCUUCUUUUCUCAUUUAUCAUUCUUCUCUUUCCUCAAUUUAUUUUCGCAAUGUUAUCUUUCUUUCUUUCUUUCUUUCUUUGUCGCUCUUUCUCUCUAGCUUUUCUCCUUUUCCCGAUUUUAUUUUUCCUCAUAUUAGCAUAACCUCUCUCUUUUCACCUUCUCUCGCAUCUCGCUUUUUCUCCGUUUCGCAGAUAAUUUUUCAGUCUCAUUUUUCUCUCCUUAGCGCUCUCUCUCUCUCUCCCCAUCCCUACCUCCCUCUAUCUAUCUAUCUAUCUAUCUAUCUAUCUAUCUAUCUAUCUAUCUAUCUAUCUAUCUAUCUAUCUAUCUUGGAUUCUUUCUUUUUUAUUCAUAUUCUCUUUAUUGUUAUCUUAACCUUUCCCUCCCUUAAUUUCUCCUCCAAUAACCCCUCUCACUCUUUUAAUAUCUAUCUAUCUAUCUAUCUAUCUAUCUAUCUAUCUAUCUAUCUAUCUAUCUAUCUAUCUAUCUAUCUUGGAUUCUUUUCUUUUUUUUUUUCUUUUUCAGAAGUUUCAUAUUUUUCUCACAUUCAUAUUUUCCUUAAUAUUAUCUUAACCUUUCCCUCCCUUAAUUUCUCCUCCCAUAACCCCUCUCACUCUUUUAAUAUCUAUCUAUCUAUCUAUCUAUCUAUCUAUCUAUCUAUCUAUCUAUCUAUCUUGGAUUCUUUCUUUUUCUCAGUUUUAUUAUUUUUUCUUUUCAGAAGUCAUAUUUUUCCUAUUAUUUCGCCAUCUUUCUUUCUUUCCAUUCAGCAUUCAUAUUUUCCUUAA